CCAGCAGCAGAGUUGUUCUGGGAUCAGUUCUGCCCCCCUGUGGGUAAAGUAACCAACGCAUGGGAGUGAGUACCCUGCCACCAAGGUUAGUCAUUAACCUUGUCUAGUCACUCAGGGCACCGAAGAAAGCGGACAGCAGCAUUCUGACCGAGGCAUGCUGCCGCUCCGCUGCCACAUCUCACCAUGGGCGACUGGAACCACUGUGAGCGCGAGCGGGCUUUGUCCAUAGAGGACGGCGUUACUGUGGUGUUUCAUAAAGUUGACAGCCAUGCUACAAACAACAGUGACGACGACGACAGUGGCGACGAUGAACGGACAACUGCCACGAUUCACUUGCAAAGUAACUGCCAUGUGUCGUGUGAUUACGAGGAUGGUGAUGCUGAGGAAGCGAGGGCGAAUUCACCGGAAGGCAGCACGAAGAAAACAUUGUGCCCGCCGGCGUUUUGCGUCAGAGGCAAGCUCGCAUCCCGAGAAGGAAGCGCACUAACAGACUCAGAGAAACCAAAGAGAUGUCAAGGUCUGGGUUUGUUCUAUGCUUUCCUGGCCACAGUUUUCUUCUCCAUCAUUGCGCUCUUGGUGAAAACAAUCGAGGGAAUCCACGCCAUAGAGAUCAGCGCCAUACGCUGCUUCUUCCAGAUGCUCUUUACUAUGCCGUUACUCAUCUACCACAAGACAGGUUUCCUUGGUCCCAGAGCAAGGAUAUAUCUGGUGCUUCGAGGCUUCAUUGGUUCCAAUGCCAUGAUCCUGCUCUUCUAUGCUGUUCAGCAGAUGCCUCUAGCGGACGCCACCGUCAUCAUGUUCAGUAAUCCAGUCUUUACCUCCAUCCUGGCCUGGAUCUUCCUGAAGGAGAGAUGCACAAUCUGGGAUUGUGUCUUCACUGUCUUCACUAUCACUGGAGUCCUCCUCAUCGCAAGACCGCCAUUCCUAUUUGGCGAUCAUCGACGUACCAUUGAUGGCAACUACAAUAACCACAUCAAGGGAACUAUUGCUGCAUUUGCAGCUGCUAUUGGGGCUGCUUGUACAUUCGUUAUCCUUCGCAAGAUGGGGAAGAGUGUCCAUUACUACCUCUCCGUCUGGUACUACGCUGUCAUCGGCUUCAUCCAGUGCCUCAUCACCACAUCCGUCCUCGGAGAGUGGAAAAUCCCCAACUGUGGCCGCGACCGCUGGCUGCUGAUGCUGAUAGCUGUCCUGGGUAUCGCCGGACAGACCUUCCUCACAAAGGCCCUUCAGAUCGAGAAGGCUGGACCCGUGGCCCUGAUGAGGACGAUCGAUGUGGUGCUGGCAUUCACCUUCCAAUUCAUCUUCCUCAACCGUGCACCGACCUUAUGGAGCCUCGGGGGGGCGCUGUGCGUGGUGGCGAGCACUAGCGGAGUAGCGUUUCGGAAGUGGUACGUCAACUCGCGCAAAAGCUGAGAAGAAGGAGCAAGAUAGAGUACUUUGGCAUUACCAUUUCACCAUUUUAUGUUCUUGAUUAAUUCUGUAUUUUUACUUGUUACUUAGAUGCAAACCUGUGAGAGAGUUUAAGCUCUUUGGAAAUCAAGUAGAGGUCAGUUUUGAGUUUAUGAUUAAAUUCAAAACUGAAUUAUGUACAUCUAUACAUGUUGAUUCCUGAGAGUCAACUUGUGUGACUUGGGUUAUGCAUUUAUUUGUGUGUACAUCUCUGAAAGAAUUAGGAGGAAGGAACAACUGUCAGGUUCUCUGGAGCCUGAACUGCUUUCUAUCUGCAUACUCAAGACAGUUUUCCUAUUUCCUCCUCAAUAUAGUAUGUACAAAUUAAGUGGGACUGGAAGUUUACUUUUACCAGAAGCAAGCGGUUAAAUGAAGGAUAUCCUCAGUCCCAUUUUCGAUUUGCUUCUAGCUGACUAAAAUAGCAAAAGAGAAGACGUUUAUUGGGACCAGCCACACUGUUACAUAACUUUGCAAUAAUAAUAUGCUGAAAAAGGAAUACUACAUGACAUACUACACCAUGGAAUGAAUAUCUGCAAAGAGUACUUGUAGGAUCAAUCUGUCAAUAAGGAAAGGAAAUGCAAACCAAAAUGAAGUAUAAGCAUCUAAAUAUGCAUUUCUGUAUAGCAAACAAAACAUGUUAUUAGAAAGAUAUUGCAGAUAUAGAAAGAAAUAGAAACGAUUGAAAUAAAGGUUAGAAUGUUUUACUUGAAACAGUUUUACUAUUUACUCAGGGAUUUCUUUUCUAUGUGCUUAUAAUGCCCCUAAUAUGAAUUACACCUGAAUCCAACCCAAUGCAAUUCAUGAAGAAAUUAUUCCAUUGUGUUUUUUUUGUUUUUUUUCCCGUUAUCCCUAUCUCCAUCUCCCCUAACAUAUUACAAGACAAUAAGCUGAUAUCAACUGUUAUACAAUCCAAAGUUGAUAAUUUAUUAACAAUAUCUUUGAAGUGCCUUAAGUAGGGACCUCUAACCUCCAGCUUCCCUUAGUGGAGCUCCUCAGUCACCAGCAGCCUGUACUGGGCAGCUAUCAGGUGGGAUUGUGAAAGUAAAUAUGAAUAUGAAGUAAGGUUCUUACAACAAAGAAGAUCCAUCCCAAUAACUCGUGUUUAAAAAAAAAAAGUCUAACAGCAUUUUGAGGCACCUAUAAACUUUAAGGCAUUGCUGUUAUCCUCACUCUGAAGUCUUCAUUAUCUCAUGUCCACUCUAUAGCAGGGGUUCCCAACCCCCGGUCCGCGGACCGGUACCGGCCGCGAAAUAGCUGUGAGUUUAUCGUAAUAUUU